AUGGCUAAGCCCCUGUCUAUACUUGUUCAACCUAAGGCUGCGAAAAAGAAGAACAAGGCCAUCCUAAUACAGGAAACCACUAUAACCCCAGAGGAGAAUGCCAAAAAUGGCCAAAAGUCCGAAAACAGAAGCAGCAGUGAGGCCGGAAACAGCCAUAACGAGGCCACAAUCGCCAGACCGCUAGUUAUGCUGGCUCAAAAUCCUCAUGCAGAGGGCAAGACGCCCAAGAUAUACGGAGAUGCAACCUCCUUCGUGUCCUACUUGUUGCCUGCAGGUUGGACUAUCCCUUUAUGUGAGGCACCGCACCCAGCGUCCCCUUCGCCAGCAUUUGGGGGACUGGGAAGUUUGGCCGCAACGGCCCAGAAGAUGAGCAAAUAG